UGCUUUGAAAGCUUCAGAUCCUUGAAGACAAAAAGAAAUGAAGGUAUAAAGAAACAAGCGAAAGAAAAAGAAAACGAUCUGUACAUAAAUAAAAAAGUAUUUGUGUGGCAUUUAAAAAUGUUGUCAUAGGAAUCUGAACUGGUGUGGUCAGUGGAGUAGUACACUGCUCUUUCGUUCUUGUAUUUCGUUGUACUAAAAGCGGAUCUUAUUUUUAAACAAGGAAAGUAAGAAAUAUUUCCCUCCCCAACGGUCAUGUCCUUGAAAGGAGGCUGCAGUCGGAUGUUUAUCAUAAUAAAGGUCUCACGGUGCGUGUGUACACGUGCAUCAUGACUCACAUGACAAUAAGUAACAUUACUCAUUAUGUUUACAAUGAAGUAUACUCAUAUCCGGCACUGAUGGUCUAAUUUCGCAUCACUUCCGAGAGGGAGGACAGGGAAAUACUUCUAGGAGAGAAAGACAUCGUCUGCUUGAGUGAGAAUUUAAAAUAGCCAAGCUUGGAUGUUUGCAUGAACAAGAUGAGCAGAUAAGUGAGCAUCACUUAAUAUGCUAAAAACUGUUUUCCCCUUUUGGGAACCAUUACUUCAUCUACAUUGCGAUUUCAAAAGAUUUUUGAGCAUUUUGGCGUUUUCAGUUUCCUCUGUUGAUGAAAUAUUUCAGUCAUGUUUCCAGCAAAAAGAUAGCUGUAACAGUGUAAUCACACCUAAAAUGUCACUACGGUUCAAAAACCGUAAAAGGUGUGAAAGGAAAAAGGCCACAGGACAGGUCUCAUUUGACGAAGAAAUACUGCAGUCUAUCCGAACUUCGUGGCGCCAGACGAUUGUGUCCAUGUACCCCAGCUUACACCACCGUGCUCACUUUCUACCCCAGUGUACUUCAGCCACGAGCGUUACCGCCACACCACCUUUGCUGGGCAGCACGUUCUGGUUGAUCGCCAGACUUCUGAUAUCUCUCCAAUGAUCCAGACACUGCCUGCCAUCAGCAUGGCCUCCGGGUGUGUCGAGUCACGGGGAGACGGGUGUCAGGUGUACCGACACACCCCCGCCAGUCCGACACAGGUGGGUGAACAAAACUCAACAGGCCAGCUGUCCGUCCUGUGGACCUCGCAGCCAUGCGCACCCAACAAGGAGACCUGUGUACAAGAAUCCACAUUGCGAGAUGACUUUGCCCAGCAGCAUGUUCUUCAUUGCCUGCAAGCUCUCGCAGAGCACCAUGGAGAAGUGAUGUUUGUUAUUUCUCAGCUGCGCUUCUCUGACUACCUCAAUCGUCCAUGUUAUUCUGCGACCACAGCGCUGUUUCCUCGCUUUUCAGACAUCGAGAAAAGGUUCCGGGAUGGAGAUUUCGAUGUGUUGGUCCUCCACCGUAGGUACGGAGUAGUCAUUGGAGAAAUCAAGUCUGUUGGCUUGCAUGCUGGAACCGCAGAAAACUCAUACCAGAACUUGGUGGACGAUGUGGCAAAGAGAGUCAGAAAGGCUGCGUGGCAAUUAAACAAGUCUAGCGAGGUGCUCAGGUACCUGCUACACGACCUGUCUCCUCCUCCUCCUGUCCACAAAGCUUUAAUUCUACCCUACAUUACCAGCAAUAGUCUUGGAGCAGUACUGGAAAAAUACGAAGAUUUGAAAACGACGCUGUGCCAAUGCCUUGAAACGGAAACUACAGAUGAUGCUGUGCAGCUAUGUCUCUGCUCCAAUCAAAUGUCUGAUCGAACCCGCCCUUGGGAAUUCACAGAUGAUGUGAUGAGUGGGCUAAGCCAUUGGUGGCUGCGGCUUACAACACACGAGGACGAUUACUCAAUGACUGGAGACAUCUAUGAAGACAUUGUGGCAAGGUUUUGUGGUCCAGCUACAACAAUCAGAGUUCACUGCUCCAGUUCCCCGCUCAUGGAGGUUCGAAACAGAGGUGAUGGUGUGUCAGAGGUUGGAAACAGGCUGAGAAAGCUGGUGCUGACACCACAGCAAAUUGACCUGCUGGUCACAGCACCUUCUAGAGUGUUCCUUUCAGGGCCAUGUGGAACAGGAAAGACUGUUGUUCUAGUGCUGAUGGCUUUGCAGUGGCUUUAUCAGGGUCAUGACGUCCAUAUUGUCAGUAGCUGGGUUCUUGGCCUGGCUGCGUCAUACCUUGUUCACCAUCAGCUUGAGGGGACUAUGCAGGCUUAUCAAAACAGGUCACAACCCACUGGCAAAGUGCAUAUCCACUUCUACAACUUUCAGAAGGGUGAAGAAGAAGUGACCAAGUCCAUCAAUGACCUAGUGAAUUUUGCAAAGAAUGAAACCCUGCAUAUUGUAAUGGAUGAGGUGUAUCCCGAUCCUACAAAUAAUGGCUCUGAGGUGGCAAUUCUAGCCAAGAGCUACAACCAGUUUGUUAUGGAGCUAACGGCCAAAAACAGAGAAGUGCAUUUGUGGAUGGCCGGAGCAAUGCACAACUGUAUCCCAUAUGGUCUGGAGGAAAAACAGAUGCUUGUGCCUCUUCGAUGUGUCCCUGUGGUGCAAAGGAUGCUUAUAAAUGUUGUUGACCUGGAGAAAAUUAAUAUCAAGAAUUAUGCAAACAGAAUACACCAUUCUUGUGAUGGACCCAAUAUCAUACAGCUGAUGCAUGCAGGGGAUGGUCAUGCUGAAAGAUGGCCAUUGGAAUGUUGGCAAUGUGGAUUCCAAAUAGCAGAAGUACUUCUACAACACCUACAAAUUGGCUGUGGCAUACCUGGUAUGUGUGAAAGAGACAAAGAAAAUGUAUCUGUGCAACGCAAAAAUGUUUCAGUGAGACUAAACUGCUCAGCUUGUUUGGAAACUUAAAUGGUUACAUUUCUCUGCACAAGUAGUCUGCAGGUUAUCCAAACAUCUCUUUCACAUUUUGUUCUGUUCAGUAGCAUAAAUCCUUAGGUUUACAGAUGUUGUAAUGGCAUGUAGUAUCAUACACUAGCUUUGAAGUUCUUAUUUGGCCAGCUGACAAUUUUACAGAUGAUUACAGAUGUAACUGAUAACCUGGGGAUUUCUCUCUCAUUGUACACAUUGUAGUCAUAGCACAAAGGAAUCUGCAUUAACUCAUACUUAGUGUUGCAUCUACUGUCAUGCAUCUAAUUCCUUGUCCAUUGCUGGUAACAGAAGCUGAACCACGGUUCAGUGCACUCUGGUGCUGGUAAAAAGGCCACAGCCUCCACCCCGCCUCUGCAAUUCUGUGAUGUUUUUGUGCUGACACAUGGACACCUGCAUGAUGAUCAUGUUGAAGAUGAAAAUGGACAGCUGAAAUCUCACGCAAACAGGCUGACUGUAGGCUUGCGCGAUGCUGGAAUUCCAGUUCAUGUUGUUAGGGAUUAUAGGGAUUAUGGCAUUGCAAUAUGGGAGGCAGAUUUGAAGAAAGCAGUGUUAAGGAAAGAUGACAAAGUGACCUUAGCAGAAUGGAAUGAUGUUCUUGGCUUAGAGAGGAAAGUGGUCGUGUAUGUUCCAGGCAGGAAAGAUGACCUUGAUAAACAAUUCAGUAAUGAGAAACUGGAAACCUGGGGCAAAGCGAUUUCUAUGACAAGAUGCAUUUCUCAGUUGAUUAUUGUGCAAUUAUCAGGUGAUGAUAAUGCUUAUAAAUGAAUGCAAUUAAAAAACACUGGCUCUUAAAGAAAAAAAAAUCACCUACAAUGACCAUUUUUUAAAAAAAAAAGUUAUUAAAUAAAAUUACAGAAUAGAAUACUACCUAAGCUAACAUCAGUUUAAUUGAAAAGGAAGAACUGUCACAGCUGCAAAUUUUUUCAAGUAUGUUUUUAAAAUAAAAACUAGUGCAUCAGUCUGAAUUAAAAAUGGAUAAUUUAGUAAGCUAUAUGGAAAAUACUGCAGAACGUAUCAUUAAGACCCAGUUUUUAAUCCCUUUGUAGAGUGCAUUUUUAAAACUUAUACUUAAGGGAAUUAUAACAAAGAUAGAUUUAAAAAAAAAAUGUAAUAUGCUUUAUGGGAUGCACAUAUGUUUAUGCACACAGACACAUCUAUAGAUUUAUACAUUUAAAAAUAAGGAAAUUAAAGUAUUAAUUAGUUUGUUGACUUUAUCAGCAAAAAUCAAGCAAUUUCAAAAAAAAAAAA